AUCUCCCUCUGAGUCAUCUCCCCUCCCCUCCCCCUGUGUCACACAUCUCGCCCCCCCCCUCCCCCCUCCUGUUUUCCUUCUCCCUCUCUCUUGCUCAGCCUCUCCACUAUUCUCUCGGUUGCCGUGAAAGGCAGAACACACACAGGCGGCAGGAUGUCGAUCGUUAGCAUCGUUGCCAGGGAGAUCUUGGACUCGCGGGGAAACCCCACUGUGGAAGUGGACCUUAACACAGAGAAAGGUCUGUUCAGGGCUGCAGUGCCCAGUGGAGCAUCCACAGGGAUCUACGAGGCUCUAGAGCUACGAGAUGGAGAUAAGAGCCGCUACAAGGGCAAAGGUGUUUUGAAGGCAGUCGGGCACAUCAACGACACUUUGGGUCCCGCCCUUUUAGCCUCAGGCAUCAGCGUGGUGGAGCAGGAGCAGCUGGACAACAUGAUGAUCGAGAUGGACGGCACAGAAAACAAAUCUCAAUUUGGGGCCAACGCCAUCCUGGGGGUGUCUCUAGCCAUCUGUAAGGCCGGUGCUGCGGAGAAAGAGGUCCCCCUGUACCGCCACAUAGCCGACCUGGCUGGAAACACAGAGCUGGUGCUGCCGGUUCCUGCCUUCAAUGUGAUAAAUGGAGGUUCCCAUGCAGGUAACAAACUGGCCAUGCAGGAGUUUAUGGUUCUUCCUGUAGGAGCUGAGUCUUUCAAGGAGGCUUUGAGGAUAGGAUCGGAGCUGUACCACACGCUGAAGGGGGUGAUCCAGGAGAAAUACGGCCAGGAUGCAACCAAUGUGGGAGACGAGGGUGGGUUUGCUCCCAACAUCCUGGAGAACAGUGAGGCUCUGGAACUGCUGCAGACGGCCAUAGAGAAAGCUGGCUUCACGGACAAGGUGGUGGUCGGGAUGGACGUGGCUGCCUCCGAGUUUUACCGUGAUGGCAAAUACGACCUGGACUUCAAAUCCCCACCAGAUCCAGAUAGACACAUCUCAGGAGAGGAGCUGGCUGACAUCUACCAGGGCUUCGUCAACAACUACCCAGUGGUUUCCAUCGAGGACCCGUUCGACCAGGAUGACUGGAAAGCCUGGUCCCGUCUGACGGCCCAGGUGGGGAUCCAGGUGGUGGGGGACGACCUGACGGUGACCAACCCUAAGAGGAUAGAGAAAGCUGCUGAAGAGCGAGCCUGCAACUGCCUGCUGCUCAAAGUCAACCAGAUCGGCUCGGUCACUGAGGCCAUACAGGCGUGUAAACUGGCUCAGGCUAAUGGCUGGGGUGUGAUGGUCAGCCAUCGUUCAGGAGAGACAGAGGACACGUUCAUCGCUGACCUAGUGGUGGGACUCUGCACUGGACAGAUUAAGACCGGUGCCCCUUGCAGAUCUGAGAGGCUGGCCAAGUACAACCAACUCAUGAGGUAA